GUUCUGGAAAGCCUUUGUAAUGGUUGCCUAGUUGCGCUAACGAGCGGGCCGCUAAGUGGAAGGCGAAGGUGGUGCUUCCGCAGUGCACGCUGGGGCUUGUAGUUGAUCGGGCUGGCGAGCAUUGGGUGCCGGGGGUGACGUCAGCGCAGGACUACAACUCCCAGCGGGCCGCGCGGCCAACCCAGAACAGGCGCAGUGACGGGUGAAGCCGCAUUCCUCCUCCUCCUCCUCCUUCCAUCCAUUGCAAGGAGAGCAGCGGCCGCAUCUGAAGCUGUUGCCCAGGAGUUCACUCGGCUCUUGGGUGCCAAAACACCGCUCUACCGCUUAUAAACAAGACCAUGCGUGGGAUCUAACCGCUGACCAUCUCCAGGCCGACGUUGUAGGAUUUCCUGCUGCCUUUUGCUCUGGUUUUGUCAGAGGAUACAAAGAUGAGCAGCUCGGAAGAAGUGUCGUGGAUCUCCUGGUUCUGUGGGCUGCGUGGCAAUGAGUUCUUCUGUGAGGUUGAUGAAGAUUACAUUCAGGACAAGUUCAAUCUGACUGGACUGAAUGAACAGGUGCCUCAUUAUCGUCAGGCGUUGGACAUGAUUCUUGACCUUGAGCCUGAUGAGGAGCUGGAGGAUAAUCCAAACCAGAGUGACCUAAUCGAGCAAGCUGCUGAGAUGCUGUACGGACUGAUCCACGCCCGCUACAUUCUCACCAACCGAGGGAUCGCGCAAAUGCUGGAGAAAUACCAGCAAGGAGAUUUCGGCUACUGCCCUCGAGUGUACUGCGAGAACCAGCCCAUGCUUCCCAUCGGUUUGUCUGACAUCCCCGGCGAGGCCAUGGUGAAGCUGUACUGCCCCAAGUGCAUGGACGUGUACACGCCAAAGUCCUCGCGGCACCACCAUACGGAUGGAGCGUAUUUCGGCACAGGCUUCCCUCACAUGCUGUUCAUGGUUCACCCAGAGUACAGACCCAAAAGGCCAGCUAACCAGUUUGUUCCAAGGCUUUACGGCUUCAAGAUCCACCCCAUGGCUUACCAACUCCAGCUCCAAGCCGCAAGCAACUUCAAGAGCCCCGUCAAGACCAUCCGCUAGAGAAAGAUGGGCAACCCCUCCAAACGUCCACAUUUAACAGUGUGUCAGCAGACAAAAGAUAUAUGCCGCAAGGCUGUAGACGGUGUUCACUCUAACAAAAGAAACUGUUUGCCCCCUCCCCCCCAUCCUCCUCUCCCCAUGCCCCCUCUAAAGCCACAUUUAUUCUGUUAUUCAGGGUGUGUGCCCUGUGUCCUAUUCACAGUCAUGAACUGAAGUUGGUGCCAAUGGAUUUCUUUCAGUGGAAAAACAAUACUUAAAAUGUCUCAUCAACAAAAAGCGUGUGUGUGUUGGCCAGAGUGAUUUAUUCUCAGUUCAAACCCAUGCAUCCAUCCAGCCUACAGUCUUGGGUGGUGUUGAAUGACCUCCAUGCUCGCGUUCCUGUUUCUCAAGGCAGUCUUUGUUGCUGGGCUUCUCACCAGGGUGUGACAGAAGGGUUAGGGGUCUCGGGCUGGGGCUGGAUGGUAUAUAUACUACCACCCUCCACCUCAAUGUCUGGUUUUUCUUUUCUCCCCCUGUGCCUGGAAGGGGUUUGCUUUGUCCUUCCUGUGCCACAAUGUGUGAAGUUUGUGGUUACAGUCCUGGUGUGCAGACAGCAAUUUAGAUUGAAGAAUUGAAGAGCAUCACAUCAGUCGGGUAUCGAACAAUGUUCUACAGUGUACCAUAGAACUGCCAUUUUGUUACAAUCGAUUGGUACUAUAGACCAAGUGAUGAAACUGUUCAGGGGAAUGGUGUUGGGAGUUCAGAGAACAUAACGUUUUGUGAUCUCUGGGCACCCAUGCUUUUGCAGCAUCAGGUUGCUUGUUUCUCUUCACCUCUCCACCACCGCCCCCCCCCCCCCCCCCCCAUAUAAUCCAUAAAACAUAGCAUGUGUGUGGAAACUCAUUUUGAAAGGGCCCUGACCAUUUGCAUCCAAAUGAGGCGAUUCCCCCAGGCAUUGAACGAGUGACUAAUUUUAUUGAUCACCUUGCCAAGAGUGAAGACUCUUUGGGUUCCUUUUUUUCCCCCUUGCCCCCACCCACUGCCCCUGUCUACUCCAGGUAAGUUAAGGUCAUUCACUGUAUUGUAUGUAUUGUAUAAAGGAUGUUGACUUGGUAAAAGCUGCCUGUGUGUUUUUUUUUAAAGAACAUGUUUAAUUGGUUUAGGAAUUGUUACUGAUGUUUAUUUCUGAAUAAACACGUACUUGAUUGAA